CUGAACAGCCGAGCGGAACUACUCACUGAUAUCAUAGGAAUAUGUAUAUUGUAUCAGUCUGAGUUGUGCUGAAAUCUAUCUUUAUAUCAAUGGCUCCGAUUUCGAUUUUGUACCAUGCCGAGGAUGCAGAAAAAUGGAGUAGAUAUUUACACAAACUUAUAUCUCAGCAUGGAGAGGAUAGCGAUGUUAAAUUGCUUGACCUCGAGAAAAAUUCGUCCAUGUUGCAAAAUACUGUCGACACAUCCACAGUUGUUGCUGUCUUGGUAUCGCCCUGUAUGCUAGGACCAGAAAUGGAAAACGUAUUCAAGGAACUUCAGGGACACAAGCAAAAAGACAUUGUGCUUCUCAGUUGUUUCUUAGAGGAGGAGGAAAAAGAAGAAAUUCUUGAUAAAUUUACCUUCCUUCAGUCAUUGAAAAUUUUGAAAGUGACGGUAAAUAAGCAGGAAAACAUUGCUCUCGUCUCUGAACUCCUGGAUACCGUGGAUAUUGCAGACCGAGCCGCGAAGAGAAGACGUCUCCAGAUGAAGAAAAACGCCUUGAAAUUCCGUUGUAUACCAAACACAGUGUACCAGCAGGCUAUCCUUGUGUAUCUCAAUUUUGAGCGAGAAGUGAGGGGAACAGUGACGGUUUCUUUUGGAAAAAGUAAAGAAAACCGGAUCGGGACAGAAGUUUACAAUCCGUUCAGUGUUAUGUUCACAGCUGAAAAUUUGUCGGAAGGAAAAAAUAAAGUGUGCGUGUUUGUGGACGAUCACCUAGUCGGAAAAUGUGAACUGCUUUUCCAAUCACCUAUAUUAUCAGCGUUCGAGAGUCCUUUGUAUCUGUGUCAAGCACUGGGUUUAGGCUCGAAUGAUAUGGAGUCAUUGGACAAAAGACUAGUGAAUAUCUUCAAGCAAAGUGCACCUGAUGAUCAGUCUCAUAUUUCCUUAAUGGGUACAAAUAUAUAUGAGAACCCCCAGGAAUCGCAGUCGACUGCAGAAGUACCCAGUUUGCUACACUUCGCUGCCAAGAACGGGCUUUCUGAUCUCUGUUCACUCCUGAUGAACAUCCCGGGGGCUAGCAACGUCUAUCGUAUUACCAACCUUCGGGGGAAGAAUGUCUAUGAUUUAGCCAUCGAAUCAGGAUCUCACGAGCUCGCAAACUACACGAAACUAUUUCUGGAAACUGAAGCCAUGGUGCUAGCUUGUGAUACGAUUUACCUCAGCAGGAGUCGCCUCCAAAGAGACGAAGCUUCGAGUAUGUCGAAGGAAGACAAUCAAAGACAGACAAAAACGUCAAAACCACGUUAUUCACCAGUGUCCCAUAAACAUUCUUCAACAGAGGAUAUCUCUAAUUUACCGGCUAAGCCAGAAGACACGAUGCCAAAACAGACAAGAACUUCAAGAAAAGAUCUUCAGCCACUCAUCCGUAUAUAUUCUCUACAAAAAGAAAACUUCGGCAAAACAGUACGAUCACAAAGCUGUGUCCGGGACAUCGGAGAUCGGCCACCACAGCCCCCACCCAGAUUUGCUAGCCCUGUUCCCCAGAGACGAGGUCGUAGCAGAUAUCAAAGUGAAACCGAUUUGCACGAACAAAAGAGUUGUGACGCGAUCGCCAUGGAACCACCAUUGUCAAAGGAGUUUCUGAGAAGGAAAUUGUCAGAAGAUAGAUAUCCGAAAGAGAAUUUCAAAAGUGGUUCGAAAGCUAUGGACGAACUUGUGGAGAUAACGAGACAGACCGUGGGUAAUCAGUUCACGAUUAAAGAGGCUGAGAGGCUCUACGAAUCGUGGAAGAAAAGGAACCAAAACCCGUCAGCGUCUAUACGACAAAAAAAACAGAACUUACAAGAACUUAGAGAUAAAUAUGAAAAUCUGAUCAAGGAGUCACCAGAAGAUAACAAAUCUGCCAUUAAUGGUAUUUUGGGAAAGUUUAAAAAAGUGUUUACUUCCAAAAAGAUAAAGGAGACCGACCUACAGAUAUCGAGUCCCCUUUAUCAAAAACAGUCGAUAGAUUCUGUUGUCCAAGGGAGAUGGAGUAACACUAGCUCUCUAAGUUCAGGAUCGAGUGGUUCACGUGAGAGCCAGUUCAGCACAGGUUCCAGAGACAGUACGAUGGGUGCUAGUGUCGAGGGGAGUGACAGUGAUGAACUUGUGGAAGAAGAAUCAACGGAUGUUGAAUGUAGAAAGAAGUCAGAGAACCAUAUGACAACGUCCAAAAGGGAGAAAUUUUUACGAAGUAUCUCAAUUUCAUCUGAAGUGAAUCUUCCUCCUCCAGAAAUACCUCCAAGAAAGUUCCCCCCACAAACAGUUCCGGCCAGAAAGCCACAGGGACCUAUGUCGUUUGUGCAAUAGCUUUGUGAAUACAAAAACCUACAGUUAUGAUACUUCUAUUACACAAAAACCUACAGUUAUG